CUCCAUUUUCAUCAUCCCGCUUUCACCAUAAAUCACCGGCCACCACUUCCUUUCACCUCCUUGUCUCCUUUCUUUUCACACACAGUUGCAGUUUUGCAGAUCGAAACUAUGAUUAUCGAAGAACACAAAGCUGUCGACGUUGAAGAUGAUAACGAUAAUGAAGGAUUGUCAUGGCUUCCGAUUUGCAUUCUUAACGACGUCAAUAGAAGAUAUGAAGAACGAGAAGACGAUCUUCGUUUCUCUUCAAAACGGCGGAGUUAUGACAAACGUAGAUACCGGCCGGCUCCUCCGCCUCUGCCUGAUCGUAAGUCAUCGGCUGCCGGACGAUCUCCUUUGCUUCCGUCACAGCACUCAAAUAAUGGUUUGAAGCCACAUUCAAAACCCAGAUAUCCGAUGGCUGGAGGACCUGGAAUGCAAGCAAUAUUUCUGCAGUCUGGUCGAAGAUCAAGCGGCACCGGAGUUUUCCUUCCACACGUUACAACAGAAAAGGAUGGUGAAAUUACCAAAAAACCAGUUUUUGCUCCUAUUCUCCUCCCGGCACGUGUGGUACAAGUUUUAAACCUCAACGUCCAUGCAUUGAGCGCACAGAAGAAGCCACGAGACAUCUACAUUGAUACGAAACAUGAUGGAUUUAAAAACAAGAAGAUCAACAAGACGUCAAAUGAAAAUUCUAAGAUAUUUCUCCCCAAGGAGUGGCCUUAUUAGCUUCAAGAGCUAGAUAAAAGAUGCUAUACCAAGUUUGUAAAAAUCUAGAAGGAUUGUGGUUUAUUUUGUUCUUAAUAUAUGUAUUUAAGUACAAUAUUAUAUAGAGUUAUACUCGCACAAUUCUAAUUUAAUCAAUACGAUUAAUCAUGUUUUUGUC